AUGAUUCAUGCAACCCGUCCAUUUGUCGUGAAUGAGUGGAUUCAGACAAAGAUUGAAGGCUAUGAAGUUUCUGGUACUGUUAAGCAUGUGGGGUGGUGGUCACCAACAAUUGUAAGGGGUGAAGAUUGCCAAGCUGUUCACAUUCCAAACCAUAAGUUCACAGUGAAUGUAAUUAGAAGGAGAAAGUACCUCGACUGCUACAGAAACAAAGAAGAAGCACCCGUAGCCAAAACUCCGUGUGUGAAUGAGGGAGAUUGA